AUGCAGCUCUACGGACAGAGCAUGCGACUUGUGUCGUCCAGCCUGGACAUACACCAGAGCUCAGUUCUUGUUGAUUUGAUCCUCCCGGUCAUGGUUCUGAGCAUGUACCCCUAUGUAAUGGAAAAGUCAGUCAAGUUGGAGCAUGAUCUGGGCUUGGGCCUUAUCACCAGAAAUUGUGGCCCCGACUGCAACCAAGACGACAGAACUGUUUCCAUAUUCAGGUCUUGCAGAUCGAUGCUUAUAUGCACCGCCCUUGCGAAACGGUGCCGAACCUUCUUGGAAGAAGAUGUCUGGAAGUCGGCGCCCUUUCGAGCCUCCCAUAAAACCUGCAUGGAUAGACUUUAUGACAUAACUUCGAGUCUCCCCGGGCUAGCUGAAGAGGUCCUGGGUGGGCGCAAUCGACAGCCUGAGCAGGGAGUUAACACUGUCGCAAAGGCAGAAACUCUAUACCAAGAGCUCCGAGCUUGGAGAUAUGACUAG